UUUAAUAUAUCAAAUUACCAAGUAUCUAUACAUAUAAAAUUUUACAUAAAUCUAAACUGAAAUUCUUUUUAAAUACUUGCAGUCUAUAUCUUUAAUUUUAAAAGUAUACGGUAAAAUUCAAGUGUUAAGUAGUGUUGAAAAUCAAAACUUUGAACAUUAUCUUAUUUGUUAUAAGACAAAAUAAUGAUGAAGAUAUGAACGAAAUGAAUUCCAAACCAUCAAUAUAUCAUGAAAAACAAGUCAAAGAGCUAUGCGCAUUGCAUGCACUUAACAAUUUAUUCCAGACACGAGGAACAUUCUCAAAAUCAGAAUUGGACACAAUAUGUAGUCGUUUAUCGCCAAAUGUUUGGUUCAAUCCACACCGUUCCAUGCUAGGAUUAGGCAACUACGACAUCAAUGUUAUUAUGGCUGCAUUACAGAAGAAAGGCUGUGAAGCUGUAUGGUUUGAUAAAAGAAAAGACCCAGGAUGCCUGGACCUAUCCAACAUUUGUGGUUUCAUCCUGAAUGUGCCAUCAGAUUACAAGUUGGGAUUUGUGAUGUUGCCAUUACGGCGGCGACACUGGAUCACCAUCCGCCAAAUACAAGGAAAUUUCUACAACCUUGACUCAAAAUUGGAUGCGCCACAACUAAUAGGAAGGAGCACUGAUCUAAUAGCAUACUUGAAAGAACAAUUGGACAGUAAAGAGAAGGAACUCUUCAUUGUUGUUAGCAAGGAGGUAGAAGAGAAGCAGUUAUGGAUGCAUCAGUAUGCAUUGCAGAAUAACAUCCAGCAUCCACCAAAUUCAAUUACGGAUCAACUACAUUUGAAUCACUGCGACAGUCCUGUGGAUAGUUUAUCCUCUUUAUCAGGAUAUGACUACCGCAAUAGAGAUGCAGAGUGCCUCAAAUUGACUGAAGUCCGAAACUGUGUAGUCACUAGAGAGAACAGUCUGUAAAGUGUGGUUUUUAUACUCUAUAAAUUUCCAGACUAUUUGUGAUCGCAUAGCAAUUUCAAUGUGUUCACAAUAUUCAUUGUAUGUGUGUUGUGUGAUGGAAGUGUUUUUAUAAAGUCUCAAUUUAUGAAUUAGGUGUUGGUCUACAGUUCAUAUAAAACUGACAGGAUGACCUGUUUCUAUCAUAUAUGGUCAUAUGAGUACUUAAUAUAUAUCUUUUAGAUAAUGUUUUAUUUUUAAUGCAGCUCUAUUUUGUUGUACACAUAUUUUAAUUAAAUUAUUCAAAUACUGUUGAUUAUUUCAAGUUUUUUACGUUUAUUAUUUUUGUUUAUGUUUAAAGUAAGUUUUACGGCCUAUUGUUGUUAUGUUUAGAGAAUAGUUAAAUCCUAAACUUCUAUACAAUGAUCUGCAUAAUCUGUGAAUGUUUCUACUAGUUACUACUAUAAACGCCAGUAUUUCACGAAGGUAAUAAAUGAUAACUUUAUUAAUAGAUAAGAAUUUUCAUAAUAGGGUCAUACAUAAACGGCCCCAUAGACUAGAUAGUACAAGUUAACAUAUAUAUGGGAUUAUAAAUAAAAUAGUAUUAGUUUUGGCACUUUUGGUCAACUACUGGAAAAAUUCCCUAUGUAUAUCAGUGACGUUCCAAGGGCACGGUAGUUGUCUAAAAGACCAUGUUUGCAUUUCUCGACUGUUCUCAUAAAGUAUUGUAUGCAAUAAAUAUGUAUAAUGCCAAAUGUUAAACCAAACAGUUCAAUUUACAGUAAGCCCUUCCCUACCAUAGAGUUAACUGUGUAGCACAUAUUAUGUAGAAGUACUUUGUUAGUUUGUUUUGUUGGCGCACAAUGUUUUUAGAUGUUUAUUUCUCUAUACUAUUUGUGGUUAUCACAUUUUUCUUAUUGCAAUAUAAUGUUAAAAUUUUAUAUUUUCAUCACAACAUUGUCAUUCCAUUGAUUAAACACUGUGAUGAUGAUGCCAUCACAAUUAUGAUAUCAUUUGACUUUUUCGAAUGGUAUUCUAUUUAUUUUCUGUAAUACUGUAUAUAUGAACUAUUUUUUCAAAAAAUACAAAGUGUGAUGAAGAAGAAUUUAUGUAGUUUCUCUUUCUUUCUUUCUACCCCUAAUUCGUCGAUAUGAUAGAAGUUACUGAUUGCGAUAUAAUGUGUAGUGAUGCGGUUGGUGUAUCGAGUGUUGAGUACUUGCUACUUCGGCUUACAAUAAACGUAACUACUGAAAAAAAAAAUGAAAAAAACAUCCUUCACAGACUAGCCUUCCCUAUUUUAAGCUAGUAUAAAAAAGAAUCAUCUGGAAUCAUCAAUAAUCUGAGGUAUAGUUACAAUAAAGCGCCCACGUU